GCCUUUCGUCUCACCUUCUCCAAACACACAAAUUUCUCGCCUCAGUAGAAAGGGGAAGAAAUUAACUCCGAAAUCAUUCCUAGAGAAAUGACGUCGACGACGGGCGACGUUGAUCUACAGGAACCGACGACAACGGAAGAAAGCUCCCGGACGCCGGAAAUAGUUCAUUCUCAGCAACUCAAAGGAAAGAAACUCUCAUGGCAAAACCUUCGUCCGUACGAUCCUUUAGAUCAACUCGAAUCCGGCAAGAUUUCUGGCCACCGCGCCAAGGUUGAGAACUGGUCGGUGAUACUGCAACUAGCGUUUCAGAGCAUCGGCGUGGUGUACGGCGACAUCGGAACUUCGCCGCUGUACGUUUACUCCAGCACCUUCUCUAAAGGCAUCCAGCACCCUGACGACAUCCUUGGCGUGCUCUCUUUGAUCUUCUAUACACUCACCUUGAUUCCUCUCAUUAAAUACGUCUUCAUCGUUCUGCGUGCCACCGAUAAUGGCGAAGUGUUAUCAGCUGUUGGUGGAGUUAAGCAAGCUUCAAAAAACAUGACACAAGGGUUGGUUGUUGUGAUAUCAGUAGCCAUAUUGAUCUGCCUCUUUUCUGUUCAAAGAUUUGGUACUGACAAAGUGGGUUACAGCUUUGCUCCCAUAAUCUGUGUUUGGUUCUCAAUGAUUGGUGUAAUUGGAGUCUACAAUUUCAUAAAGUUUGAUCCAACAGUUAUCAAAGCCUUAAAUCCAAAGUACAUUGUAGAUUACUUCAGUAGGAACAAGAAGGAUGCAUGGAUUUCCCUUGGAGGUGUCGUUCUUGCUAUAACAGGAACUGAAGCAUUAUUUGCUGAUGUUGGCCAUUUCACAGUUCGGUCCAUACAAAUUAGCAUGUGCACCGUUACCUACCCAGCUCUGAUAUUUGCAUAUACUGGACAAGCCUCUUUCCUUCGCAAGCACAAUGAUUUUGAUACAGUUCAAGAUGCCUUUUACAAAUCAGUGCCCAACCAUAUCUAUUGGCCAAUGUUUGUAGUGGCUGUCAUGGCUUCAAUUAUCGCAAGUCAGGCAAUGAUAUCAGGGACUUUCUCUAUAAUCCAGCAAUCACUCUCGCUGGGAUGCUUCCCUCGUGUAAAAGUUGUUCAUACAUCACCAAAGCAUGGUGGACAAGUUUACAUUCCUGAAGUAAAUUACCUUUUGAUGCUGGCUUCUAUAGGUGUGACUGUUGGUUUUAGGACAACUGAAAAGAUUGGCAAUGCAUAUGGGAUUGCGGUGGUCUUUGUGAUGACUCUCACAUCAUCCUUGCUGGUACUCAUCAUGAUAAUGAUAUGGAAAUCCAGCAUAUUUUUCAUAAUCAUCUAUGUGCUUGUCAUUGGAUCUGUGGAGCUAAUAUAUUUAAGCUCAGUUUUGUACAAAUUUGAUCAAGGGGGAUACUUACCAUUGGCCUUUGCAGCGGUUCUGAUGACUGUAAUGUAUGUUUGGAACAACGUUUAUCAGAGAAAGUACUAUUAUGAGCUUGAUAACAAGGUUUCUCCUGAAAUGUUCAAGGAGAUUUCUGCUGAGAGAAACAUCUCUAGAAUUCCUGGCCUUGCCAUGUUUUACUCAGAGCUUGUUCAGGGUAUCCCCCCCAUCUUCAAGCAUUAUCUGGGCAAUGUACUUGCUCUGCACUCAGUCCUCGUUUUUGUCUCCAUCAAAUCACUUCCCAUCAGCAAGGUUCCAAUGGAAGAGAGGUUCCUUUUCCGAAGAGUAGAACCAAAAGACCUUAACGUGUUUCGCUGUGUUGUCAGGUAUGGAUAUACAGAUGUGCGUAAUAUGGAGGUGUCAUUUGAGGAGAUGUUAAUUCAGAGGCUGAAGGAAUUCAUAAGAGAUGAUCACACGUGGUCAUCUCAAAUGAUGGCUGGUAAUAGUAAGACUGCAGAUAAUGAAGAUCAAGAAUUGGAGGAAGUAACUGUUAACGGAGAGAAUGAAAAAGAGGAUCAAGAGCAGCGACUAGAGGAAGUGGAAAGAGAAAUCGAAGCUAUAGACAAGGCAUGGCAUGCUGGAGUCGUUCACCUGUUUGGUGAGAAUGAGGUGGUUGCAGGGAAAGGAUCAGGUAUAGGUAAGAGGAUUUUGAUAGACUAUGCUUACAAUUUCUUAAAGAGGAACCUGAGGCAGACUGAUAAAGUGUUUGACAUUCCUCACAAACGGAUGCUCAAAGUUGGGAUGACACAUGAUCUUUAGAACAUGUAAUGUAUUGUAGAGAACGGAAUCAGAUCCAAGUGAAGGUGGAGCUAAGCUUUGCAAAAUGUAACGAAUAAAACAAAUCCCAAAGGUAGAUCUAGUUUCCUUGUCCAAAUAAUGAAGUAAUAUAUGAAAGGUUGGUAUUGUAUUUCUGCUCAAUCCUUAUUAAUGUUUGAUUGAGUCUACUUAAUCAUGAUUUCUGUUGUCUUCUACCUCUCUCAUUCCUCAAACUGAAUUAUGAGGAUGAAAUUCUGUCUUCAACCCCAGCAGGUCUAAACAAGUUGAGUGGUGCUGGUGGCAUUACAUCAAAAAUAUUAGAUGUCAUAUGGAGAACUGUAGUUAAAAAUGAAAGUCAUUCUUAUGACAAAUUUUGCUAAGCAAAGAGAGGUUUGUGUUAAGGCAGAGUAGAUGGUAGAGCCGGCCAAGGGUUAACCAGGAAGAAGAAGACGUCCAUCUGAGCCGAUACUAUAACCAUUCAAGGAAUUCUUGGGGCACAAGUAUAUAUAUAUAUUUAUUGAAACGAAGUAGUUUUGUAAUUAUUUU